CGAAAAAGAAGAAGCAGAAGGAAAAAAAAACCACGACCAACAACACGCAUCCAGCUACACAGUGACUAGUGAAAAAAAUUGAAAACUGCGUUUCUUAGCCAAUUUCCUGUACAUCAUGAAGUUCCAAUACAAGGAGGAGCACGCCUUUGAGAAGCGCCGCGCCGAGGGGGACAAGAUCCGUCGCAAAUAUCCAGACCGUGUGCCAGUGAUCGUCGAGAAGGCUCCUAAGGCGCGCAUCGGUGACCUGGACAAGAAGAAGUACCUGGUGCCCUCGGAUCUGACUGUUGGCCAGUUCUACUUCCUCAUCCGCAAGCGCAUCCACCUGCGUCCCGAGGAUGCCCUCUUCUUCUUUGUGAACAACGUCAUUCCACCAACAUCGGCAACCAUGGGCUCCCUGUAUCAGGAACACCACGAGGAGGACUACUUCCUGUAUAUCGCCUACUCCGAUGAGAAUGUCUACGGCAUGGCCAGGGUCAACUAACUCGGCGGCGCUUCUCACUGCACCGCUGUGGCAAACAACCCCCUAUACAGAAAUCUAUAUAUAUAAAUACAAAUAUAUUUUACGUUUAGCAUGCAGCUUAAAAAUACGGACGCGAGUUAGCUAAACGAAUUGAUGAAAAGAAUUUGAAAAUGAUCUGAACCAGGCAACAAAAAAAUCCACAAAACACCCAGAAAAAACGACAAAAACAAUUGUUAUGUGAACUUUAUUUUAUAUAUAUACAUUUUCUAUACGCAUUAGUAUUUUCAAUUAAACUCCGCUCUUUUCGUACCAUUAUUAACCCCAGAAACAAGCUCCCCAUCUAAUUUCAAUUGCUGCUAGGCGCAUGCCCUUUGUACUUUACUUUUAUUCGCUUAUUUCGUUAAUUUCGCCCUUUUACCCACUUUUUUUUUACAAUACAACAAAAUUUUGUGCAUAUUUAGUGUGUAUGGUUACGAAUAGGACUCUCUCGGUUAAGUGUACGGUAAUUAAUCUAUUAUUAAAUAAACAAAAACUACAAAAAU